AUGCCUGCUGUAGAAGGGCUGGCCGCUGCUGGCGGGGCAGGUGGAGGAGGCGGAGUGAUGAUGCUGCCGUCCCACCCGCUGUACUACUUCUCUACCCACAACGCUUUAAGAGGAGCUGAUGGAGAUGAUCUACAUUUCCGGGUCUGCUUCGAAGAGCUCCACGGGUCGAGGUCCUGCGAACUUGAUAUUUAUCCAUUCUAUGACGUACAAAUGGUCAAGAGGCUACUCAUUAAAAAGCUCAGGCUCCCAGCGUCCAUGCAGGUAAAAGAUGUACGGUUAAUUUUCAGGGGAAGUGAACUGCCAAACUGGCGGCCGAUGACUGUCUUCUUCGAGAAUCCUGUGAAGCGACUACUCUGGGCUGUAAGAGGGGGCAGCGCUCAGGCCUCUAUCAGGCCCUUCGCACGCAGUCAAACCUUUCGCAGCAAAGAGCUUCUUAGAAUUUUGGAAGAAGUCCGCCUCGGCUUCCGCAGGAAUGUGGCGCCUAAACUGACUAUGGAUGGGACUGGUGGCACUUAUAUUUUGUUUGACGGUCGUCGGCGCCCUGUGGCAGUGUUCAAGCCCGAGGAUGAAGAGGCAUUUGCCCCGUGUAAUCCCCGGGGCUACGAGGGACGCUUGGGUCAGCAAGGGCUACGGGGAGGGGUGCUUAGCGGUGAGGGGGCGGGUCGGGAAUUCGCUGCCUACCUCCUUGACGCAAGCUAUGGCGGGUUUGCUGGCGUUCCUGCGACUAUGAUGGUAGAGGCGUGUCACCCAGCCUUCUGCAGUAAAGGCCAAAUCGAAGUCGACGGGGACGUGAUGAUGAGUACAUAUGUCCGCAGCGAGUCAUCUCCUAGCGUCUCCUGGAAGGUUGGCAGCUUUCAGGCGUUUGUAGAGGCCAAAGAAUGUGUGGGGAACUUUGACGCGCGUCUGUUCUCUGUUGGAGAUGUACACCGUAUUGCUAUAUUUGAUUUACGUGUUAUGAAUCUUGACCGGAAUGAUAGUAACAUUUUAGUGGCUCCAAUCGUAGGGUAUCAAAAGGAGCCAUCGGCUGGCAGCAGCUCGCGGAGCCUUCGGGCCUCAGGAGGGGUUGUUAAGCAGAUACAGAGCAAAUUGCUGCGCAGUGUUUCUGCUGUGGGCUCUUGCGGAACUCAACUUUGCGUCGCUGACAAGGCCGCAGUCGUUGGUGCUGAAACCGCUGCUUCUGCGGCUACAGGGGUACUUACACCUGAUGGGAAGCCUACAAAGUGGUCCAACCGCAGGUUUCGAUUAAUUCCAAUCGAUCACGGCAUGAUCUUGACGGAUGUUCUUGACGUCGCUUCGUUGGACCUCGUGUGGUUUGAUUGGCCCCAGAGCAAAGAGCCAUACAGCGAAAGCGAGCUGCGCCUGAUAUACUCUUUCGACGUAGACAAGGACUUGGAGCGUCUGUCACGCCGAGUUGCCUUGAGAGACAACUGCCUGAGAACGCUUCGUCUGGCUACAAAGCUACUUCAGAUCUGCGCCCGCCACCACUUGACUGUUAGGGAGACAGCAGCAAUUGCUGUGCGUGAUGACUUCGACAUUCCGUCGCCUCUGGAACACCUUAUUCGACGAAGCCUGGAAAUAUCUUACCUAGCUCUAGAUUCCACAUCGCUAAUGAGCACUAACAGGCUAGGCUUCGGAAUUAUGGAUCUUGCAGAGCUACAGGGAGAUCCAGGCACACAACAACAGGGGUUGCGGCGGGGGUCAUUCGAGGCCAAAUUGAAGAAAGCGUUCAGGAAGAAAAGGAGGGAUGAAGAUAAUGAGGGUACCGUGACGGAGACUACAGGGGAAGGUACUAGGAUUUGCAGUCGCUGCGGCGGUUUUGUUGGUGCAGGUAUAGCAGCGGCAUCUCUCCCAAGUAGAGAGUCAGUCAGCCGCGCAGAUUUGCUGUCGGUCACACCUCAGCGGGUAGAACAAAGUGCAGAACUGGAAGAAGGCUCAUUGGUCAGGUCGUGCACAACUAUUGAGGAUUGGGCUGAUGCACAGUCCCCCUUGGAGGCAGACGUAGGAGAUCCUUGCACGGCACUGAAAACACGUGGUACCGCUCUUGCUUCAGUGAGGACGGCGGAUUCGUCACGAGACAGCAGGCUCCCCGCCACUGAGAAAAGUAAAGAGCUUGCCCACUCUGGCGUGACUACGGUAGAUGAUGGUCUCCCUUUGGCUACCCCUUUGUCACCUUGUCGGUGCGUGGAGAGGCUGGGACGCAGUAGCAGCAGUAGUAUGGUUGAUUCGGCGGACAGUAGCAGCGACAGUGAUUUAAGCAGCAACAGCCUAAGCUCUAGUAGCAACAACGAGACGCACAGCAGCUGGAUGAGCAGUGGUAGUGAUGCCGAUAGCAGCAAGUCUCUUUCUGAACCGGAAAGGCGUCCUGCACCACCGGCAACUUUUGGGAGCUUCCAAGCACCGGGAGCUGCAGGCGGCCCACAUCGGAACCGUCCUAGUGCUGCUCUAUUCCGCUACCCGUCGAGGGAGUCUCGUUGGGCUGGUCGCCACAAACGGAGGACUUCUCGUAACCGGCGACGCAAGGCUGAGGCAGAAGCAGAGAUGAAGGCGGACGACGCGGCACCUACUGCCCCGGCAGCGCCUCGCAAUGAAUCAGGUGUAUUUGGCAACACACACACCAAGGGUACUGUCAGGCGGCUAAACGGGACGGCGCGAGGCACUGGCUGUCGGCCUAAACAGCAGCCCUCUGCCACAACCAGCACGUGGAGCCUGACAGAUUCAAGCGGUCGUGUAAUCCUGUUGGACUGGCGUGAUGGCCGAAUGGAAAAGCUUUUUUUCGAAGUUUAUGAAUCUCUGCUGAGACAGCAUAUCCUCCAUAACCACCCUCAGUGGUUCACAUAUCCGUACAAUGGGGAAGCUAUUGAACGAAGUGAACGUCGCCAGCAGACGUUUCGGCGUGAGGGGAGCGCGUCUACGGUGGCACCCCAUAGUACAUUACCAGCAGUGCAAGCAACUCCGCCGCCCGCAACAACAGUAACUCACCGCAGGCUUAGCUCUGAGGCGAGUGAUGAUGCCGCUGUUACAGGCCAUCAAUAUGCCCACAAAGACCCCAAAACUCUGCAUCCCCGCCAAAACUCGCCCCGGCCACAAGACGACAAAUCACCCGCAGUGUCCCGGCAGACACGUUUUAACAUUACGCCGGACGAUUAA